AACAAUUUCUAUGGCUAAAAUAGAAACGUAUAAAAACUUCAAUAAACUGAUAUCCACAUUUGAUGGGCGGCUAACUUUGCUUGACAUGCAAUAGUCAGGUCUACUACUAGUCUUAGUAUCAAUCACACUGUGCCAAAAGACGUUUCUUUUGGCUACGAUUUUUAAGGCAAAACUAAGCAGGGUACAACAAAGUCAUAAUGGUGCGGCCAUUACCCCCGGGCCUUCAAAAGGUCGCCAUCGAGGAACUGAAUGAAGAUCCAAGUCGAAUUGCCGAUGAUAUUCAAGCUCUUAAAACAUGGAUCAGUCAACAGCCCCACCUUAGGGCACGCACAGAUGAUCAAUUUCUUGUGGCUUUUUUGCGUGGCAGUAAAUACAGCAUGGAAAAGGCCAAGUCCAAAAUUGACAAAUACUUCAUGUUGCGAUCUAAGUUCCCGGAAUUAUUUUCUCUCAGAGAUAUCGAUGACUCAAAGAUUCGAGAGAUUAUCAAAUUGGGAGUUGCCCUAAUACUGCCAACGCCACUCAAUGAGACAGGUCCACGAAUUAUGCUUGUUCGCAAUGGUUGCUACGAUCCUGAAAAAUAUAAUUUUGCAGACAUGAUGCGUGUCUUUCAGGCUUUUAAUGAAAUUAACAUGUGGGAGGAUGAUUAUGCCAUUGUCAAUGGUUUUGUGCACAUAGCCGAUUUGAAAGACUGGUCGAAAAAGCAUUUCUUUCAAAUCACUCCAAGUUUAAUGAAGAAAAUGACCGUGUACUCGGAAGAAGCCAUGCCUUUGAGGCCAAAGGCAUCGCAUAUGAUUAAUGCUCCAUCCAUAUUUGAAUCGUUAUUCAAUGUGAUCAAACCAAUGAUGUCGGAAAAGCAACUUAAUAGGAUGGUUGUCUAUGCCUCGAACCUUGAUAAGUUCUACGAAAAAGUCCCUCUUAAAUAUUUACCCAAAGAAUACGGCGGUGAAAAUAGCUCCAUUGCUGAGAUCACUGCGGAGUGGGAAAAGAAAUUUUUCGAAUACACAGAUUACUUUAAAGAUGAUGCCAAAUAUGGCACCGAUGAACAUCUCAGACCUGGUAAACCUAUCGAUUUUGAAAAUCUCUUUGGCAUGGAGGGCUCAUUCCGAAAGUUAAAUGUGGAUUAAAAGUUUGUAGAAAACUGUAUAUUGAUCAAAUAAAGUAUUGGUG